GACGUCAUGGGAAUCCACGAAACCGUCGAAUUACAUAUCGCUGUCCAAAACAAGGCGAGGAGGAAAGGAAGGAAGAGAGAAAGUUAAAGUUUUAUGCGAAGAGAGAGAGAUAGAUAGAGAGAGAGAGAGGGUCUCGCAGUGUCUUCAAGUAUCGUGCAUGCAUUUUGUGCAUCUGUUCGCUUUGCAUGCACAAACACAUGCUUUUUCUCUCUUGAAUUCUCUGUUUCUUUGUCUCUCUCUACAUCCCUCUGUGUGACUCUGUAUCUAUAUAUAUAUAUCUACUUUCUCUUUCUAUUUAUCUAACCGCCCACCUUGUAAAACCUCCAUCUCCGCCGUCACCGACUCAUCUUCUCCGCCGUCACUGAGUUGACUCUCUUUCCGGCACAGAUUCACUUCAGCUCCACCCCACAAGCAUCCGCUCAAUGUGCAUGUGAAUGUCGCCUACGAGGUUUCGUUUCACUGAUUCGCUCAAGAUUCGAUUCUGGGUUUGAUUUGGGUCAAUGGCGAGGAUUUGCAUGAACGAAGCAUGUCGGGCGACGACGACUCCUGAAUGGAAGAGAGGUUGGGGCUUGAAUUCCGGUGGAUUCGCUAGUCUCUGCUACAACUGCGGGUCUGCAUUUGAGAAGUUGGUGUACUGUGACACAUUUCAUUUGGAGGAAUCUGGUUGGAGAGAAUGCAGAUUAUGUGGAAAGCGCGUCCACUGUGGAUGUAUUGCUUCUAAGUAUUUGCUCAAUUACCUGGACUUUGGGGGCAUAGCAUGUAUAAACUGUGCAAACGGUUUGGAGACUUGCUCAGUAAGACCUCUUCAGAUACCAAAAGAUGGUGUUUCUAAUGGAUUUGGCCCAUUGACAACAAACAACCUUGGAGAAGCUCAAUCCUCCUCCUUCAUUGAAAAUAGAACGAGUGGUAUUGUUGUUGAUAAAGGGAAGCUUAUGCAGUUGAGCAAAACUACGAAUGCAAAAGAGCUCAUCCACUUCCCUCUAGCUCAAACAAAUGAUACUAAUGCAUCUAUUGGAAAAGUCAAGCGAGAUGAAACGAUGUUUUCCAUGGGCAAAGUUAGUCCAGCCUUUCCUGAUCCAAUGCAACAGCCUGUUAGAGCAUCUGUUUUUGCUAAACCAGAAAAUAGCAGGCCUAUUAGUGUGAAAGAUGUGUAUGAAUCACUAGCUCAGCCUUCCUUGAGUUUCUCCUUGAACACUCCUUCAGAUACUUCAAAUUCUCUACCACCUGCUCUUGGUGGGAAUGUGCUAGAUAGGGAACAGAAAAAAAAUCCUCCCCUCCAACAAGUGCAAAGGAUGCUCAAUAUUUUGCCCAAGCACCCCAAAACUGGCCUCAGUAUUGGGUCAGAGGUAAACAAUGGAAUGGUUUCUCAGACACGUGUUGCAAGAGCUCCUGCUGAAGGUCGAGGCCGUAAUCAGUUACUUCCGAGAUACUGGCCAAGGAUUACAGAUCAAGAACUGCAGCAAAUAUCUGGAGACUUGAAUUCCAAUAUCGUGCCACUAUUUGAAAAGGUUUUGAGCGCCAGUGAUGCUGGUCGAAUUGGUCGUUUGGUGCUUCCUAAAGCAUGUGCUGAAAUGUAUUUUCCUUCUAUCUCCCAAUCUGACGGCUUACCGAUACAAAUCCGAGAUGUAAAAGGGAAAGAGUGGACGUUCCAGUUCAGAUUUUGGCCCAAUAAUAACAGCCGGAUGUAUGUAUUAGAGGGUGUAACCCCUUGCAUACAGAAUAUGCAAUUACAAGCUGGUGACACUGUGACUUUUAGUCGGAUAGAUCCUGGGGGAAAACUUGUGAUGGGCUUCCGGAAGGCAUUACACUCUAUUGAUAUGCAGGACAGCCAAACAUCUUUUGUUCCUAAUGGUGCUCACUCUGGAGAAACCCUCCCUGCUGGACCUAAUGACAACCUGACAACAAAGCAUGGAGGUGGCAUGGAAGAGGAGUCGUCACACCGGCCAGUGCUGAUCCAAGAGAAGAAGAGGACUCGAAACAUUGGAUGCAAAAGCAAGAGGCUGCUCAUGCAUAGUGAAGAUGCUGUGGAACUUCAACUCACAUGGGGAGAAGCACAGGAGUUGUUCCGGCCACCCCCAAGUGCCAAGCCAACCAUUGUCGUGAUUGAGGAACAUGAAUUUGAAGAAUAUGAUGAACCUCCAGUGUUUGGCAAGAGGACUUUCUUCACAACCCAAGUAUCUGGGGAACAGGAACAAUGGGCUCAGUGCGAUACUUGCUCCAAAUGGCGAAGGCUGCCUGUGGAUGUUCUUCUCCCUCCUAAGUGGACAUGUUCAGAGAAUAUUUGGGAUUUGAGCAGGUGUUCAUGUUCUGCACCUAAUGAGAUGAAUCCAAAGGAACUGGAAAGUCUUCUCAAAGUUGGCAAGGACUUUAAGAGGCAGAGAAUGAGUCCCAAGACUGCCCCAGAAGAUGAGCUGUCUGGCUUAGACGCUUUAGCCACUGCUGCAGUAUUGGGGGACGAUGCAGUAAAUAUGGGAGAGCCAUCUGCAGGCGCCACUACCAGACACCCCCGACAUCGCCCUGGCUGUACCUGCAUCGUGUGCAUUCAGCCCCCAAGCGGGAAGGGCAGGCACAAGCCCACCUGCAUCUGCAACGUUUGCAUGACUGUCAAACGCCGCUUCAAGACCCUCAUGCUGCGCAAGAAGAAACGCCAGUCAGAACGUGAAGCUGAAAUUGCUCAGGGCAGGGAUCUGGCUCCUCCCAAGGAUGAAUAUGAUACAGAAAUGGAGGGGGGGUUGGGACAUGCACCGCUAUAUAUUAACCAACCGGAGGAUGAAUCAAUCCAGAAUAGAGUUCCAAAGAAUGUAGCAGAAACCGGCAAUGGACGACUGGACUUGAACUGCCAUCCUAACCGCGAAGAAGAAAUGCCGGAGAUCCCCUUAAAGCUGAAUGAGCGGAUGAAUGAGGGGCCUUGUUCGCUUCCAGAAGCUGCCGGUGAGAGUGAAGGUCCCUCGCCCGACGACGAAUCCCGCCUUUCAACGUUCACCGGGGAGAAUGUCAACGUUCUUCCUUAGAAUUAAUUAUUAUACAUGCAUAUGUCAUAUAGUUUUUGAAUUAUUAUAGGGGUAGCUGUUUUUCCUUUGAUAUACCCCCAAAGUAUAGAUAGAAUUUGUUCAUAGUUGAAAUAGUGCGCUUUUGAUCUCGUGCUUGAACCCCCGAACCGAAACUGAAACCCGAAACUGUGUGCAAAGAAAUAUACAGUAAUGUUCAAUGUCAAUGUUUGUCUCCCGUUUGUUUGCU